ACUAAACACAGAAUGGCUGCUGUUAAAACGUUACGUGGCCUCUUGGCAGAAUUACGUGCUGCCUCACCAAAUGGUUGCAUCAAAGAUUCAUUGGCCGCUCGUUAUGUCUUAACGCAAUAUAAGAAAUUCCAAACAACCGAUGAACAGCUAUGCAAGGCUCGUGAUGAAGCCCUGUCUUUGGCUCAGACCUAUCAAACCUAUUUGUCCAGCAUUCGUAAAUACAACGAGCUGUAUAAGGAGUUCCAUGGUCGCGGCGAAAGAUCCGUAAGGGAAACUGCCGAUAUGGUUGGUUUCAAAUUGCCACAUGAUCCCAAGGAUUAA